CCGGGGGAGCUGGCUGGGGCUUUAUGCGCGUGCCGGGUACUUCCCGGUGCCUACAGCCGACUGUAAUUUAAUGAAUGUACGGCUGCGCUCACGUGGUUUGACCGGAGCGAGACUGCAGAUUCUUUUGUUCAAAAUCAAUCAAAAAAAAACGAGGAAGACGGACAGAUAGGAGGGAAAAAGAGCAUCGAAACCAGGAAAUCCCUGCGUCGGGGAGCCUUCUCAGACAGCUGGAACAAAGAUCGGCGGCGCCGUAAAGUUUUUUUUCCUUUCUUUUGAUUUUUUUCCCCUUUCUUCAACUUUCGAUAGCUAGCUAGAGAGGAAAAGGAAAACUUUUCAAUAUUUAUUUGUUUCACCCGAGCAAGAAUGCCACGUAAGAAGGUGACUGAUGUGUCAGGGAACGGUGGAGUGAAGAGGAAGAGAGGAGGCGGAAGGAAGAAAGACAAGGACUUCAGCAGCGACGACGAGUUCUAUGACUUUGAGCAGGAGAACACAAAGAAGGCAGGGAAACCUGCCCCCAAGUGCGGACUGCAGCCCGUCACCGUGGCUGACGACGUCAAAGAGAAGAUCAAACUGGAAGGGUCCAAGGUUGAAGGUCAGCUACUGGUUUUUGGAGCAACCAAUUGGGACUUGAUUGGACGUAAAGAAGUACCAAAGCAGCAAGUGGCGUACCGGAACCUGGGACAGAACCUGUGGGGGCCACACCGCUAUGGCUGUCUGAGCAGUGUGCAAGUGAGCUUCGUAGUGUCCGGGCCCUGCGCUGCCCACAGCCUGCUCAUCACCACCGAGGGAAAGCUCUGGAGCUGGGGUCGCAAUGAGAAAGGGCAGCUGGGCCAUGGAGACACCAAGCGCAUAGAAGCUCCCAAGCUGGUGGAGGCCCUGGGUGAGGAGGUGAUUGUGGCAGCAGCUUGUGGGCGUAACCAUACCUUGGCACUGACAGAGAAUGGUGCCGUCUACUCAUUUGGAGAGAAUAAGUUGGGCCAACUGGGUCAUGGCAACCAGACUGAUGCUGUUCCUACCCCUGCCACAAUCCAGUACAACGGGCAGCCGUUGGUGAAGGUGGCGUGUGGUGCCGAGUUCAGCAUGGUCGUUGACUGCAAGGGCAACCUGUAUUCCUUUGGCUGUCCAGAGUAUGGCCAGCUUGGACACAACUCGGAUGGGAAGUUCAUUGCCCGAGCUCAGCGCAUCGAAUUUGACUGCGAGCUGAUCCCACGUCGUGUGGCCAUCUUCAUUGAGAAGACGAAGGACGGGCAGGUCAUGCCAGUGCCAAAUGUAGUGGUGAGGGAUGUUGCCUGUGGCUGCAACCACACGCUGGUGCUGGACUCCCAGAAGCGGGUCUUCUCCUGGGGCUUCGGUGGGUAUGGCCGCUUGGGCCACACAGAGCAGAAGGAUGAAAUGGUGCCCCGCUUGGUCAAGCUUUUUGACUUUCCGGGUCGCGGGGCGUCCCAGAUCUACUGUGGCUACCAGUGCUCGUUCGCCGUCAGCGAGAUGGGUGGCCUGUUUUUCUGGGGAGUGACUAAUACCUCACGGGAGUCCACCAUGUACCCCAAGGCGGUUCAGGACCUCUGCGGCUGGAAGAUCCGGAGCCUGGCCUGCGGGAAAAGCAGUAUUAUCAUUGCUGCUGAUGAAAGCACCAUCAGCUGGGGUCCGUCCCCGACCUUCGGCGAGCUGGGCUAUGGUGACAACAAGCCCAAGUCAUCCACCACUGCGCAGGAGGUGAAGACCUUGGAUGGGAUUUAUGUGGAGCAGGUAGUGAUGGGGUACUCUCACACGCUGGGCAUCGCCAGGCAGGAGACGGAGGCGGAGCGGGAAAAGCUCAAGAAGCUGCCAGAGUACAACCCCCGCAUGCUCUGAUUGGCUGCCGGCCCUUAAACUCCCACCCACUCCCCUCCUCGCAGAGUAUUCUCCAUUACGGAAUACUCUGUCUCACAGUAUCACCAGUUUGUCACAGUAAGGGUUACGGGUGGGGGGCCCUAUAGUGGUGAGACUCAGACAUUUCAUCGUGGAAAAAAAUGUUUAAAAAAAAAAAUUUAAAAAAAAAACAUUCUCUCCUCAAAUUGGACCAUCUCCUGUGAAAGUGGGGCUGGCGAGACCGAGCACCCCCCCCC